AUGGACCACCAUCAGGCUGCGGCAUGGACAGCCGCCGACGGGGAGCGAAUGGACGUGGAUGUCCCCAAAAACGAUGCUGAAGCUGGUUCUGACGACGAGGAACAACAAGGAAACGCCAUGUCAACCGACUCAUCCGAGGAGGAAGAAGACGACCCAGAAGAGGCGCGGAAAAUUCGCGAGGGCUUCAUUGUAGACGACGAAGACGACGAGUCGGAUGAAGAGGAGAGCGAAAAGGAGGACAAGAGUGAAAGUCGCAAGGAAAGGCGCAAACAUCGCAAGGAACGACGCCGAAGACGCGAGCGAGGAGAAGAUGAGGAAGAAGAUGAUGAGAUGGGCGAACUUGACGAAGACGAUUUGGAGCUCGUCGAGGAGUUUACAGGCCAGAGAGUGAGGCCCUCUAAAUCUCGCCUCAAGCGUCUCCGUCGUGCUCGAGAGGAUGACGAAGAUGAUGACAUUACUACUCGGCGUCGCGUGGAUGACGAUUCAGGAGAAGAUGAUCACCAACGACGGCGUUCAGCAGCAGAGCCUCGUGACUUGUGGGAAGACGACGCCGAUUUGCGCGUAGCACGACGUGAUGAAGAAGAUGGGGAUGAACAGGAUGACUUUGACGAUAUGGGAGCCUUUAUCGUACGCGACCCAGAGGAUGAAGAAAACGAAAUGGGAGAGGCCGAGAGACAAGAGCGUAUGGAGCAGCGCAGAGCAGCAAAAGAGAGAAAAAGAGGAGCCGGUGAUAUCUCUAAGCUUGCUGGCUUGGACCAAAAUGCUCUUUCAACUCUCUUUGAAGUGUUUGGAGAUGGUACAGACUAUGAUUGGGCUCUUGGAGACGAAGAAGAGGUGCAAGAAGUGCGCAAGGAGAGCAAGUAUACGGAUGUCUUCGAACCUUCAGAGAUUCGAUCACGUAUGCUUACAGAGGAUGACGAUCUCAUCCGAACUCUGGACCUACCAGAACGGAUGCUGCUGGCAACCAGUUCCCUUUCUACCGAGACCACACUCGCAUUGGAUUCACCUCUCUCUCCUCACGAUCUAGACGACGCUGCAUAUUGGGUCGCCUUGCGUUUGGGUCAACGUAUUGAGCGCGAUUUCUUCAAAGCGGGGGGCCAGUUCCGUCAUUACCUCGAGGACCUGAUCACAGCCGUUCGUUCGACACUCGAUUUCCUCUUCAUUCAAGGGUUUGAAGUUCCAUUCAUAGCAACACACAAGAUUGAUUGCAUUUGGCACAUUGACGACGGCGCACAGAUUGAGCUUCUUAGCUUAUCCGAGCUCUGGAGAGUGUACACGCUGGGCCAAAAGUUCAGGGCAUAUCUGGAGCGAAGACGAGGGCUUGAAGCCACGCAUGCCAAACUCAGUUCACCAGACGACUACUACAAGAUUGACAUCCAGCCGAAAAUCGACUCUAUCGAGAUGAUCACGGAUGCAACCGAAUGGUUAACGCUUCAACAUCGACUAGAACUGCGGGACGCGGCUAUGAUCGAGGAUGAUGGCAAAGUCAAGCGACCGACUCGUGUAUCGGCAUACGAGGUGCUAAAGAAGUCGCAGAUUGAUCAGCUUGUCAAGGAUUUCUGUCCUCCAGCCCGUGAAAUUUCGCGCAAGGUUCGCCAGGUCAGGAGCUCUCGUGGGACAGUAGUACAUACUUUCCUCGAUGACCCCGCUUUGUCACCCCUGGAGCAUGUCACACCGUACGUCGACGCAGAAAAGCAGCGGUUGAUAGAGAUCGAGCGUAAACGCUGGGCAUCAAAUCCCACCGCUAUGGAUGGACCGACUCCCAUCAAAGAGGUUUCGGGACAAGAGCUACUGGACAGAGCCAAGAUGCUAAUUGCUAUCGAACUUGGCAAGGAUCCGCUGCUUCGUCAAGUCAUUCGGGAUUUGUUCAAAGAAUCUGGUCACGUUUCAGUCACGCCAACGGAAAAAGGCUUGGUCAAAAUCGAUGAAACGCAUCCCUAUUACAAGCCCGUGACUGCGAUGACUAGAGGCUCCCAAUUCCUACACAUCCAGGCUGCAGAGGCUGACCAUCUAGUCACCGUCUCUGUUGGAAUCAGAGAAGACGUCCGAGUGCAAUUCGUCAACGACUUGAUCCAAGCAGUCUCCUCUGAUGGCUACAGCACUGUUUCGAAACAAUGGAAUGACGUCCGAGCGCAAGCCGUAACCGAGGCUGUCGAUAAGCAUUUCCUUCCUUUUGGUUCGAAAUGGAUCCGAGAGUGGCUUAGAGAAGAAGUUGAGGACUUUCUUGCCAAGGCUUGCGGUGACGAAUUGGAAAGAAGGGUCAACGUCAAGCCCUUCAUACCCGUUCGGGAACCUGAUACGCCACCAAGUGACGACGCCAAAGUACCAGGCGUCAUGGCAUUAUCCUGGGGUGAUGGCGACCCGAAGAAGGAUGCCAUCUUUGUUGUUUACAUGGACGAAGCCGGACGUUUCCGCGAUCAUGCCAAGUUUGACAACCUCAAGGAUGAAAAUCUUGCGCGUGACUUUGGCGGGAUGGUCAAGAAGCACCAGCCAGAUCUCGUGGUCGUCGGCGGAUUCAGUGCCAGUACACAUCGAUUAUAUGAUGUUGUCAGGCUAUUGUUGAACGACCCAUCCCUAGCUAAGGAGCAAGCGGAGAGCAACAAAAAGGUUGAACUCGGAGACUUCAAACCAGCCGUCGACCGGCCUUACGAUGUUAGGUUCGUUCAGGACUCGGUGGCAAGAAUCUAUCAGCAUAGCAAACGAGCAGCAGAGGAACACGGAACGUUACCCAUCCUGACGCGAUACUGCGUUGGCCUUGCUCGAUAUGCUCAGAGUCCCUUGAACGAGUACGCAGCACUUGGUCCCGAUAUCACUGCAAUUACCUUUGAUCAAGAUUCUCAACACUUGAUUCCUCGCGAGAAACUGUUGAUCUCCCUUGAACGAGCCUUGGUCAACGUUGUCAACAGAGUUGGUGUCGAUAUCAAUCGCGCCGUUCAUGAUCAGUAUUAUCAGGCACUUUUACCGUUCGUUGCUGGACUGGGACCACGAAAAGCGCAGCAUAUCGUGCGCAAAGUUGCUGCCCUGGGAAGCCUCGCCAAUCGCGAACAAUUCGUACAUCGCGAAAUCAUGACUACUAAGGUCUGGCUGAACUCGGCUGGAUUCUUGCGUAUUCCACAAGACAUCUAUUCCAAGUCGUAUCAGGCGUCGAGAGUUUCAGGGGAAACUAUUGCAAUACGUGACAUGCAAGACCCUCUUGACGGAACCCGUCUUCACCCGCAAGACUACGACCUGGCCCGUAAAAUGGCAGUAGAUGCGCUUGGCGAGGAUGAAGAGGAUUACGCAGACGAGCACCCGUCAGCAUUGGUCGUGAAGUUCCUGAAAGGAGACUUUGAAGAUGCGGAUAGCAAAGGCGAUGGUCAAGACAGAUCCAAGCUCAGUGAUUCAGAGAAACGCCGGAAGAAGGAGAACGCACUCAACCUCCUCAAUCUCGAUGAUUUCGCGUUGAAUCUCCUGCAAAGUCAGAACGAGCAGAAGCGAAUGACACUGAGCUUGAUCAAGGCAGAACUGGUUGCACCAUUCCACGACAAUCGUCCGGCGUUUGUUCCUCCAGAUGAGUGGGAGGUACUCGCGAUGCUGACUGGAGAGUCGGACAAGUCUCUGCGUCUCGGAUUGAUUCUAUCAGUCCAAGUGUUGCGCAUUAAACCGAACUUCAUUAUCGUCAAGCUCGCGUCGAACCUAGAGGGAAUUAUCAACGCGCAAUAUCUUGGCGAAGAUGGCGAUACUGUGCAGCCGGACCGCAUAGUUAAAGUGGGUCAGGCAAUACGCGCACGGCUGAUCGCUCUCAACCCCAGAGAGUUUUAUAUCGAAUUGUCGUCCCGACCGUCGGAUCUACUCACCGGGGACGAGUCAUAUCAACGUGUAGAGGUUGACCAGUAUUUCGAUAACGAUAAAGCCACUCGUGACAAGGAGAUUCUGCAGAGGAAGAAAAACAGUCAGAAGAAUCAUGCGCGAAGAAUCGUCAAGCAUCCAAAUUUCUUCAAUAUGAACUCAAAGCAGGCAGAAGAGCAUUUAUCGAAACAGCACCGUGGAGAUGUUGUGAUUCGACCUUCUUCAAAGGGUCCAGAGCAUCUGGCUGUCACAUGGAAAGUAGACAGGAAUAUCUACCAGCACAUAGAUGUUCUGGAGGUUCCUAUGGACGCGAAUGAUCCGAUGGCUGGCUACAAGUACAUAGUGGACCAUGGACGUGAAGGGCAACGCGAGUUCUCUGAUUUGGACGAGCUCAUAGUCAAUCAUGUCAAAGCCAUGGCUCGAAAGGUGGAUGAGUUGAUGGCGCACGACAAGUAUAGGCACGGUUCACCCGUCGAUUUGGCCAACAACCUGACUAUGAUGGUCAACGCCAAUCCUGACAAGAGUCUCUAUGUCUUCGGACUGAAUCCCGAGCGCCCAGGCUACUUCAACUUAAUGUUCAAGGCCAACGUCAAUGCACCUGUCGUAACAUGGCCUGUCAAGGUCACGCCCGAAGCCUACGUCUUCUUCGGUGAAAAGUUACCAAGUGUGCCUCAACUUUGUGACGCGUUCAAGAUGAGGCAUAUCGGUCCUCUCGCCGGUGCGAGACCUCUACAUUCAGGCAUGACCCCGUAUGGGGCGAGAACACCUGGUGGCCGCACUCCCGCUGCGUCUCGCCCUCCUGGACCACCUGCGCAAUCCAAGACGCCAAACCCUUAUCACACUCCAAGCUACCAGCAACCAUCGAUGUCUACUCCACAACAGUAUCCUCCGCAGAUGACCACCGGACCCCAACUGCUUGGAUAUGGGGUUCCGCCUCCGCAAACCCCAUCGUGGGGAGGUAUGCCCCCGCCUCAACAUGGAGGUAUGCCAUCAGGCAUCCAUCCGUCUCGAGCAGCCAUGCUCCAACAGAGUAGUGGUUGGGCCCUCCAGCUGGCGGAGGAAGCGGCGGUGGUACUGGUGCUGGAACCAAUAAUUGGUCCAGGAGAUGAUUGCGAACUAAAAGUAGCGUACCGGUGUAUCUUUGGAUCCGUUGUAUACAUAGAAUUUCAAGACCCUCAUUAG